CCGCUCCCGUCCACCAGCCUCCCCAAUGGCGUCUUCUCUUGCUCGUAUCCUCUCCAGGAGUAUUCACUACUCAGCGCGUCGCAAUGCGCUAUCCAAGUUUGCAAUGCCCGCCAUGAGCCCGACGAUGAGCGAGGGUGGCAUUUCUGCUUGGAAGAAGAAGGAGGGCGAGUCCUUCUCGGCUGGUGACGUACUCCUGGAAGUCGAAACGGACAAGGCAACCAUUGACGUUGAAGCUCAGGACGAGGGUAUCUUGGCAAAAAUCAUUGCACCCGAUGGUUCAAAAAACAUCACCGUUGGAUCCCCCAUUGCGGUCAUUGCUGAGGAAAGCGAUGAUCUCUCCGGUGCAGAGGAUUUCGCGAAGCAGGCGUCACAAGAAAAGGCUGAAAAGCCCAAGACCGAGGAGGAGACAGCUCCGGUACCUCCAAAGCCUCAGACCGAGGAGAAACCUGCGCCGCGCAAGGAGGAGCCUAAGAAAGAGGAAUUACCGAAAGGCGAUCGUAUCUUCGCCUCGCCUGUUGCGAAGAAGCUUGCUCUUGAGCGCGGAAUUCCUCUCUCCAAGGUCAAGGGCACUGGUCCCAACGGUCGCAUCCUCCGAGAGGAUGUUGAGAAAUUCAAAGCUCCAGCUGAGGCAGCGGCCGCUGGCGCUCCCGCUGCUCCCUCUGCUCCCUCUGCAGAUUACAUUGAUAUCCCGGUCUCGAAUAUGCGCCGUACCAUCGGUGCACGCCUGACACAAUCAAAGCAGGAGUUGCCUCACUAUUACUUAACAGUGUCUAUCGACAUGAGCAAGGUGACGAAACUGCGCGAGGUGUUCAACAAGUCUCUGGGCGAAAAGGACAAGGCUGCGAAAUUGAGCGUGAACGACUUCAUCUUAAAGGCGGUCUCGUGUGCUCUCGCUGAUGUACCUGAGGCAAACUCGGCCUGGUUAGGUGAAACGAUUAGACAGUACAAGAAAGUGGACAUUUCUGUCGCUGUUGCAACGGCCAACGGUCUCAUUACACCAAUAGUCAAGGAUGUUGGCAGCAAAGGUCUGGCUACAAUCUCAGCUGAGGCGAAGGCACUUGCAAAGAAGGCUCGCGACGGGAAACUUCAACCACACGAGUAUCAGGGCGGGACAUUCACGGUGUCGAACCUGGGGAUGUUCGACAUUGACCACUUCACGGCAAUUAUCAACCCACCGCAGUCAUGUAUCCUCGCAGUUGGUACGACACAGCCGACGCUUGUUCCUGCGCCAGAGGAGGAGAAAGGCUUCAAGGCUGUGCCGUUGAUGAAAGUGACGCUGAGCUCCGACCACCGGACUGUGGAUGGUGCAGUGGGUGCAAGGUGGCUGUCUGCAUUCAAGGGCUACUUGGAGAACCCGUUGACGUUCAUGCUUUGAGGUAGUCGAAAAUUGUGCAUAAUGAGCGCUUGUUCUGGGACGUUAGGUAGUUACUCUAGUACUAAUGGCAUAUAGACAUCCUUAUUUUU